GUAGUAACGAGAAGGUGUAACCAUGAAGCUGUCCGCUGUGCUACUGUUGUUUGCUGCCGUCGUGCUGGGAACCACCUACUCCGUACCGGUCGAUCCACAGACGAUCGAUUGGUCCACCGUCCGUCAGCUGCAUCAAACCGAUGCGAUACGGGCACAGUAUGGCCUGAAGCCGCUGACGGAUGAGGAGGUACGCUCGACGAGGAUCUCCGAUGGCCAGCAGGCUUCGGCGAAUCAGUUCCCGUGGGCGGUCGGUGUCCUGAUCUCCGGUUCGUCCUCACACAGCUUCUGCAGCGGUGUGUUGAUCUCCCGGCGCUUCGUCCUUACGGCCGCUGUGUGCAUUUCGGGAUCCAACACCUUGACAGUCCUUUUGGGAGCCUCGGACAUGACGCGAGUCGAGGAGUUCAUCGGAGUGUCCAACAUUCUGUCGCAUCCGAACUACAGUUCGUUCUUUAACCGAGAUGACAUCGCGAUCCUUACGCUGGAUCGUGAGGCCCCAGUCCGGGAUACGAUCCGUCCGGUGGAUUUGCCACGCUGGAGUGACGUUGGUAAUAGCUUUAAUAACUGGGCUGCCACGACCGCUGGUUGGGGUAACACUGGACGCCGUGAGAACGAGCCAAUUCCGAUCCAGAACCUGCACUUUGCUGUCGACUCCGUCAACUCGAACUUUGUGUGCGGAUUGUCGCACACCUUCAUCCGGGAUACGCACAUCUGCACCUCGACCGACAAUGGAGGACCUUGCAAUGGUGAUGAAGGUGGCCCGGUGACGGUGACCGAGAGUGGCCGUACCUUCCUCGUCGGUAUUCACUCGUUCCACUACUCCGGACUGUUUGGUUGCGAUCGUGGCCGAUCGGCCGUUCACACGCGCAUCACCGAGUACCUGGGCUGGAUUCAGCAGAACUCCGAUGUGAACAUCCAGUAAGACUCUCCUCUCCUCUCCAUCUGCGACCUGCAACAGUGAUUGGCUCAAGGAGAGCUUUGGGUGCAAACACUCCUGUGAGUUUACGUGUGUGUGGAAUUGGAAAUUGGUGCCAGAUGUGUGCUCAAUUCGUUAGCCACGGUCUGACUAUCGAGUGCGAGACACAC